AUGGUAGACAGGACGCGGGAGCUGCUCUGCAUUUGGAAAAUAGAGCUUGAGCAGAAUUUUGACGGCAGUGGCAGAGAAAACUCAAUCAAAGACAGUGAGAGGAAGUUGCGUGGUGCUGUGGAUACACCAUACAUCAUAACAGGGCCAGAGCAAACAUUCCGCCAGAGUGGUCAAAAGUUACUGCACAACGUGAAUCUCAAAAAGCAGCUGUCCUUGUUUCUUUUGCGUGAGUGGAAAAAUGACCACUACCUCAAGCUACUUGCUGGUAAAACACUCUUCGUGUCAUAUGGAGGCAAAUGCUACAAGUAUGUGCCAGACUAUGAAUGCCAGAGCAUCACUGUGGAAGAACCAACUUACCUUCAAGGUAAUCACGAAGAGGCCGACACACUGAUCGCCUUCCAUGUUGCAAACAUUACAGGAGAUGUGGUAGUAAGGGCUUCUGACACAGACGUGUUGGUCAUACUGAUUGGUGCACUUGGCAAUCUACAACCAGAGAACCGAGCCAUCAGAACGGUCAUCAUAGACUGUGGAUCAGGCAACAACAGGAGGUACAUUAAUGUCACCAACAUUGUCAACAAUCUGGAAGACCUCAAGCCAGGAUUAUCAAGAGCUAUGCCAGGAUACCAUGCAUUCACUGGAUGUGACUUCACUUCAGCCUUUUUCAGAAAAGGUAAACUAAAGCCACUGAACAUCAUCGAGAAAGAUGACACCGACUUAUUUGUGAAGUUCUUGAUCAGCCUGGGCAACAGAAGUAGCCAUGUGGAUAUUGAGACAGCUUCUGAAUUUGUCUGCCGCAUAUAUGGACAGAGAAAAACACGAGACACAAACGAGGCACGCUACCUGAAACUGAUGGAGAUGAGUGGAAACAUCAUGGGUACCAAGUCACACAGUCAGGAGGACAACACAGAGGCGGAGUCCUCAGAUGAGGCUUGGAGUGAGGAGUCUGAAGACUCAGACCAGGAGGACUGA